GGUGGGCUGAUGACUUCCCAGCACACGAGUACUGGAGGUGGAAGAAGGCAGAGUGUGUUUCUUGCUUGCAGCCGAAAGGAAAGAAGGCCAAAGGCAAGAAGGUGGCACCAGCCCCUGCUGUAGUCAAGAAGCAGGAGGCCAAGAAGGUGGUCAAUCCCCUCUUUGAGAAGAGGCCCAAGAACUUUGGCAUUGGACAGGAUAUCCAGCCCAAGCGUGACCUCACACGGUUUGUGAAAUGGCCACGGUACAUCAGGCUGCAGAGGCAGAGGUCCAUCCUCUACAAACGCCUCAAGGUGCCUCCUGCCAUCAACCAGUUCACUCAGGCUCUGGACCGCCAGACAGCUACACAGCUUCUGAAGCUGGCACACAAAUACAGGCCAGAGAAUAAGCAAGAGAAGAAGCAGAGGCUGUUGGCUCGUGCAGAGCAGAAGGCUGCAGGGAAGGGAGAUGCUCCAACUAAGCGGCCACCAGUCCUCCGAGCAGGUAUUAAUACUGUCACAACUCUGGUGGAAAACAAGAAAGCUCAGCUUGUGGUUAUUGCCCAUGAUGUAGACCCCAUCGAGCUGGUGGUGUUCCUGCCUGCCCUGUGCCGCAAGAUGGGAGUGCCCUACUGCAUCAUCAAGGGCAAAGCCAGGCUGGGGAGACUCGUCCACAGGAAGACUUGUACCUCCGUGGCCUUCACCCAGGUUAACCCGGAGGAUAAGGGAGCCCUUGCCAAGCUGGUGGAGGCUGUCAAGACCAACUACAAUGACAGAUAUGAUGAGAUCCGUCGUCACUGGGGCGGGAAUGUCCUGGGUCCCAAGUCGGUGGCUCGCAUUGCUAAGCUGGAAAAGGCAAAGGCUAAGGAACUGGCCACUAAGCUGGGCUGAAGAUGUACUAGAUUGCACCAUGGUUCGUGUACAUAAAAAGAAUAAACCCCAGAUGAAGUUUCA